CAUUGUCGUUGUGACCAACUGCACCUGGUCUUCAGACCUUGGACGCGCCUUCCUUUACAUUUUUGUCGCUCUUGCCUGUUUGUUGCUCGUGCAGGCACCCAUCAUCCACGUGCGCUCCUUCCCUCCUUCGCUCCUUCCCCGCCGCCAGACACAUCACGACACCGACACCGCAUCUCCAUCGAACGCACCUCACCUCACACACCACACCGCAUUGCUCGCAACAUACCACAGCCGCCCUCUCAGUAAUGAUCUUAUGAUGUCAGCUAUUGGCCUGGAUUCCUCCUAAUCUUCCCCCUACCAUAUUCCCCGCUGUCUGCCACAACUCGAUUCGCCAUGGAUGUCGCAGCAGCAGUCCAGACCUACAUCUCCAAAAUCGCCGGUGUAGGCGAAGGGGCUGCUGCAUCUCAAAGCUCCAAGAUGAAGAUUCUCCUCCUCGACUCCGAUACCGUCUCAAUAGUUUCCACCGCUAUCACCCAAUCCGCUUUGCUCAAACACGAAGUCUUUCUGGUGGACAGGAUUGAGAAUGCCCAACGAGAGAGAAUGAGACAUCUACGCUGUCUCGCCUUUGUCAGGCCGUCUCCCGAUUCCCUCCAAUAUCUCAUCGACGAGCUGAGAGAACCAAAAUAUGGCGAAUACUCCAUCUACUUUUCCAACAUUGUGAAAAAGUCCUCGUUGGAGCGAUUGGCAGAAGCAGAUGAUCACGAAGUCGUCAAAAGUGUACAGGAAUACUUCGCAGACUAUAUUGUCAUCAAUUCCGACUUGAUGUCGUUGAACCUCGCAUUUCCCAAACACCGUCUCUGGUCCCACAGCCCCGAUAUAUGGAACACGGACUCUCUCCAGCGUACCACUGAAGGCGUCGUUGCCCUGCUCCUCUCCUUGAAGAAAAACCCCCUCAUUCGCUACCAAAAGAACUCCCUUAUGGCCAAGAAACUUGCGACCGAAGUACGCUACCAGAUCACUCAGGAAGAUACUCUGUUCGAUUUCCGGAAGCCUGAUACACCGCCCAUCCUUCUCAUACUGGAUCGUCGAGACGACCCCAUCACCCCCCUUCUCACCCAGUGGACCUACCAAGCCCAGGUUCAUGAGUUGAUGGGAAUUCACAAUGGCCGCGUUGAUCUCAGCGCGGUGCCUGAUAUUCGCCCAGAACUCAAAGAGAUUGUCCUGACACAGGACCAGGACCCCUUCUUCAAGAAAAACAUGUAUCAGAAUUUCGGCGACUUGGGCGGAAAUAUCAAAGAAUACGUCGAUCAGUACCAGGCACGCACAAAGUCAAGCGCCCAGAUUGAAUCCAUCAGUGACAUGAAGCGCUUCGUCGAAGAAUAUCCAGAGUUCCGCAAAUUGUCCGGCAACGUCUCCAAGCACGUGGCUCUCGUUAGUGAACUGUCCAGGCGUGUAUCAGCGGACCAACUUCUCGAUGUGUCUGAGCUGGAACAAUCUCUGGUCUGCAAUGACAACCAUGCAGUGGAUCUCAAAACCUUACAAAAACACAUUCAAAAUCCUUCAAUUCCGCCUGACAAUAAAAUCCGCUUAGUGGCACUGUAUGCCAUCCGUUACGAGAAGAGUCCAAACAAUGCUUUGCCUAUCCUCUUGGACCUUCUCACGACUGUCGCCGACAUUUCUCCUAACAAACUGAGCAUCAUUCCGACGGUGCUCGCAUACCACCACAGCCUUCAACCCGCCCCAGUUGCCGGCGGCUUCUCUGAUCUCUUUGAGAGUGCAUCGUCUCCCUUUUCCAACUUUCGCCGAAAUCUCAACUUGAAAGGCGUCGAAAAUGUCUACACUCAGCAUUCGCCCCGCCUGGAAAAUACUCUGCAAAACUUGAUCAAAGGCAGACUCAAGGAAUUGCAGUAUCCCUUCCUCGAAGGCAUGGGACACACCCGAGAUAAGCCACAGGACAUUGUGGUCUUUAUGGUGGGUGGAGUUACGUAUGAAGAGGCCAGAGUGGUAGCACAGGUCAAUGCCAGCGUUCCAGGGAUCCGAGUGGUUCUUGGAGGUACAGGCGUGGUGAAUUCCGAAAUGUUCCUGCAAGAAGUGGACGAUGCCGUUGGCAGCUGGCCUGAUCAACCGGCAACAACGGCAAGUGCACGCUUAGGGAGAGCAGUCGGACGAUGAUUGAAUAUGAUGACGAAUGUGCUGUCUAAUAUACAUGGACUCUUUUGACAGUCUACCAGAAGACUGAUUUUGAAGAAUCGAAGACCCACCAAUCUGACCAUCCAUGCUAUCACCAAUGAUGCUCUUUACUGCAAGGAGAACGACUGCUGGAGGUCUCAUGAAGCCAGGGUGUUAUCUGCAGCGUCGAACCCUAAAUUUAACUUUUGUUGGAACGCUCUUCUAGACCAUUUUUCUGUCGCCGUUCACUUUCUUCCUUGCUCAGGAUUUUGACCGCAUCCUUGUUGCCGAUAUAACUGAGACCACUCCAUAUGGUAGUCGUGGCUACAAGACCACACCAGCCUUCGAAGACACCAACAAGGUUCCAUGCUUCAACCAACGUCGUUGGCAAUACCGGCAAAAGCAUUGCAUUACCAACCAAGAGUAGCUGCAAGAAGGUAUUGAUCUUGGAGAUCUCUGUGGGGUGGACUUCUGCUGAUGGGAGGGAAAAAUCCCAGUAACGAGAGAAGGUCUUUGGAGGGGGCAGACUGAUCCAGCGGAAAUAAAUGGCCGAGAUGGCUAGAGCGACAUCUCUUCCCAGAAUGAUGACACUCACCCAUAAGGGGAGAAUGCCUUGAACUGUCAGACUGACGACGGCGAUGGUCAUCAGGGCUUUGUCGGCCAUGGGAUCAAUGACGGUUCCCACAACAGUUUGCGAGUUGUAUCUCCGCGCGAGAUACCCGUCAACGGCGUCGGUGACGCCGGCGUAGAAAAACAACGAAAGCGCGACGAUAGGUUGAGAAUUGAUGACGAAAUACCCAACCGCAGGGGCAGCAAGCAGUCGCGUAAAGGUCAGAAAAUUUGGAAGGGUAUAGAUGUUCUCGUGUGUCGUUGGCGCGAGUUUUGGUAGCUUUUGGAGUAUCUUGGAUGGAGCUAGCGGACUGGUAGAUUAAAUCGUG